AUUGGAUUUAAUAUCAAAAAGGACAUAGCAGGAAGAGAGAGACGGCAAAACGUUGCUUUUACGUAAGCAAAGAAGAAUUAAAGAAGACAGAUUUUUGUUUUGUCUUGUGGUUUUGUUCAUUCUAAUGCUGCUCACAGGAAACUCCAUUGAUGAGAUUAAAAAAUAGAAAGGGAGUUUAUGGAAGUGAAAGCUGAUUAAUUCAUUUUUUCUGUGAGUUAAUUUUAUAAAAUUGUCAAUUUUUGAGGGUCUUCGUUAAAGGGAUGAGUUGGAGAAGAGUUGCUAAAUCUGCACAGGCUUUUAUUGCUCAUGGACUGCUUUUCGGUUUCACCCUUUUGGUCUUACUCAAACUCAAUCAUGUAGUUACCUACUCAUGGUGGACAAUUUUUUCCCCACUUUGGUUGUUUCACACAACUGUCGCACGAGGCAGGUUCUCCUUGCCAGCUCCAUCAGUACCACAUGAUCGCCAUUGGGCACCUUGCCAUGCUGUUGUUGCAACACCGUUACUGGUUUCCUUUGAAAUACUCCUUUGCGUAUAUCUGGAGGGCAUCUAUGUGUACGGGUUUGCAGCUGUAAACUUGAAAAUCGUCUUUGUUCCCUUGUUGGCGUUUGAAUUGAUCAUUCUGAUUGAUAAUUUCAGAAUGUGUAGGGCUCUAAUGCCAGGAGAUGAAGAAAGCAUGAGUGACGAAGCGAUAUGGGAAACCCUUCCUCACUUUUGGGUUGCAAUCUCCAUGGUUUUCUUCGUUGCUGCAACAAUGUUCACACUUCUUAAGUUGUCCGGAGAUGUUGGUGCCUUGGGAUGGUGGGAUUUAUUCAUAAAUUUUUGUAUCGCAGAGUGCUUUGCUUUUCUUGUGUGCACAAAAUGGUCUAACCCAGUGAUCCAUGCUCAAUCUCGCAAUAGAGAACCGAGAUCGUCUUCAACAGCUGUUAGAUUUGAUCGUAAUAGUGGGUUAUUAGUUACCUUUGAGGACGAUCAGUAUCAGGAUAGGAUGUGUGGAUUGCAAGACAUUGGUGGUCAUAUCAUGAAAGUUCCACUAGUUGGUUUCCAAAUCCUUCUCUGCAUGCGGCUAGAGGGAACACCACCAAGUGCCAGGCAUAUCCCUCUUUCGGUUCUUUUUGCUCCAUUGUUAUUACUGCAGGGGUUAGCGGUCUUUUUUGCAUUGUUGCGGUUGGUGGAGAGAAUUUAUCUGUUGCUUAAUAGUGAAGAUGUGCAAGGAAGAUAUUUUUCUAUCUCGUCAACAGCUCGUGAUUUUUUUGGGUUCUUGCAUCGUGGUUCUAGGCUUCUCGGCUGGUGGUCCAUUGAUGAAGGAAGUCGUGAGGAACAAGCUCGACUCUACCAUUCGGAGACUGCUGGGUAUAAUACAUUUUCUCGGUGUCCUCCCGAAGCAGUGAAGAAAAUGCCAAGAAAGGAUCUAGCCGAGGAGGUCUGGAGACUGCAAGCUGCCCUCGGUGAGCAAACACAAAUCACAAAACAUAGCCAGGAGGAGUUUGAAAGACUUCAAAAUGAAAAAAUUUUAUGUAGAAUAUGUUUCGAGGGAGAUAUAAACAUAAUUUUGCUUCCGUGCAAGCACCGCAUUCUGUGCAGCACCUGCUCGGAGAAGUGUAAGCGAUGCCCAGUUUGUCGAGUUCCCAUUGAGGAGAGCUUGCUUGUAUAUGAUGAUGUAUAGGUAUCCUAAUAUACUGGUUUUCCUCAUUUUUCGUUUUCGCUUGAUGGUUGGGGUCCUCGCGUGAUCGAUCAAGAAGAAAGUUUCGCCAAGGAUUGUUUUUUUUUGCUCAUCCUCAUUUGAAAUACCUUUGCAAUUGAAAGUCAGUUUGUAGAUUUGUUGCCUAGAUUUGUAGCUUGGUUCUUUCUUUGUCUUUUCUACAGUUUGGUUUCAGUGUAAAUAAACAGUAUAAUUUUAGCGAAGGAAAGAAAAGAAAGGUGUUUUGUUGGGUAGUUUCUGUCUACUACCUGUCAAACCAGGUUUGAAAAA